AUGGAGCUUGAUUUUCAAGCGUUGAUGCAGCAAGCGAAUGAGAACCGCCUGAGGUCGAGUUAUACGGUAAAAGCCCUUACCGAAGAAGCAAAGAAUGAGGCGCGGAAAAGAGCUUGUAAAGUGAACUCGAAUGCGGUAAAGACGUUUCUGGAACGAAAGAAGCGCCAGGAACAGCUGAAUCUAGAUCGCAAAAUUCACGAGCGGGAGCAACGUUUGGAGGAGCGUUUGCGAAAUUCUGACAGAGCUGCGUGCAAGGUCAAGGAAAAGUCGGAGGCUGUGAGAACGACGCCGCAUCCUGCCAAGGAUAAAGGCGAGAAAGCGAAGGCACAGAGUUCGUUUUCGCCAUCCUGGCCUUCCCGGUCCAGAGAUCUGAGCCUUAAUUCCUCUUCUCGACCUUCCGAUCCAGUUACGACCCCAAAAGCAGUCGAUGUCGGCAAGCCGAGAAGCUUAAAAAAGCGCAAAGCGUUACCCAUGUCGUAUACAAAAUAUCCAAACGUCCCCACCGCGUCUAAGCUUAUGCGAAUUGAUGGGCGUUCCGCAGAUAAACGAUCCACGAGUGAACUGAGCCUGCGAGAGUUGGAGCUGCGACGGGAGUUCAUAAGGAAGUAUCGCCAGAUGUGCGGCGCGGAGCCGGUAGAAGACGAAAGCGACGACUCAUACGACAGUGAGAUGGAUGACUUCAUCGAUGAUACACCAAUUGGCGAGGAAGAUGAAGAGUUUAUCAGUAAUCAGAUAAAGAUGACGUUGGGCUACGACAGAAGCAAGUACAAAUACGUAGACGACUCUGACGACCUAUGCAUGGAGUCGAAUUUUAAGCAAAUAUGCAAGGAAGAAGCGCGCAGUGCGAAACUGGCACUUUUGGAAGAUCUGAACGAGUAUCAGAAGGAGCAGAAAAUGAGGAGAAAAAUUUCAAGUCGGAAAUGA